AUGUAUCAGCGGUUGAUGGAUAGGGUGUUUGAAGGACAGGUAGGAAGGAACAUGGAGGUAUACGUUGACGAUAUGAUCGUUAAAUCGGUUUUGGGAUCGAACCAUCAUGAGGAUUUGAUGGAGGCCUUCGGUAGGAUUCGGAAGCAUAACAUGAGGCUUAAUCCAGAAAAAUGUUCUUUCGGCAUACGGGGUGGGAAGUUUUUAGGCUUCAUGAUUACAUCCAGAGGAAUCGAAAUUAAUCCGGAUAAGUGUAAGGCAAUCCAGGAGAUGAAAAGCCCAAGCAAUGUGAAGGAGGUGCAGAGACUAACCAGGCGGAUCGCGGCCUUAUCUCGUUUUCUCCCUCACUCGGGCGACAAUUUAGCCCAAUUCUUCAAAUGCCUCAAGAAGAAUGCGGCAUUUGAGUGGAAUUCAGAGUGCGAGGAGGCCUUCACCCGCCUCAAGGAGAUGUUGUCCGCCCCACCAGUCCUUUCGAAACCUGUCCGAGGCUUUCCUUUGCAUUUGUACAUCUCUGUCGGUGAUCACGCAAUAAGCUCGGUGAUCCUUCAGGAGGUAGAUGGAGAGCAAAAGAUAGUUUAUUUCGAAAAAAGGGAAAAAGUGAGCACGCAAUGGAUAUUGUUUGUCGAUGGGUCGUCGAACGACAACGGAAGAGGGGCUGGGGUCACGCUGCAGGGGCCCGGGGAGUUGGCGUUGGAACAGUCCCUCAGAUUCCAGUUCAAAACCAGCAAUAACCAAGCAGAAUACGAGGCUCUUAUUGCGGGCUUAAAACUGGCAAUUGAGGUGCAAAUCGACAGUCUGCUAGUAAGAACGGACUCGCUGCUAGUGGCAAGCCAAGUCAACGGGGAGUUUCAGGUAAAGGAGCCGGCCUUGAUAAAGUAUGUGGAGCGCGUGCGGUUGCACAUGGGUUGUAUGCAACAGGUGGUAGUUGAAUUCGUGCUGAGGGCACAAAAUCAAAGGGCGGACGCCCUAGCGAAGCUAGCAAGCACUAAGAAGCCUGGCAACAACCGGAGUGUGAUUCAAGAGACGCUCGCCAAUCCCAGCAUAGAGGGGGAUUUGGUGGCUUCGGUUGAUCGCCAGGAAACUUGGAUGAACCUCAUCAUCGAUAUUCUGGCGGGAGAACCAAGUGACGUUGUAAAAUACUCAAAGGCGCAAAGGAGGGAGGCGGCGCACUACACGCUACUCGACGGGAUACUCUUUCAGCGGGGAUUUAUUUCACCCCUCCUAAGAUGUCUUCCACCUGAGAAAUACGAGGCUGUUAUGACGGAGGUUCAUGAGGGAGUUUGUGCAAGCCACAUUGGAGAAAGGUCGCUGGCGAGCAAAGUCCUCAGAGCGGGAUUCUAUUGGCCUACGAUAAGGAAGGACUGUGCAGAGUUUGUGAGGAAAUGUGAGAAGUGCCAACACUCAACUACAGGGGAAACUCCUCUCAGAAUGACUUACGAGGCGGACGCCAUGCUCCCCGUAGAGAUAGACAACAGUUCGUGGCGAACGAAACCGAAGUUCGAGGGCGAAAAUUCUUCAAACAUGGUAGAACUAGACUUGCUGUCGGAGACACACAACGAGGCCCACCUCAGGGAGGCUGCGAUGAAGCAGCGAGUUGCGGCCAAGUAUGACACAAAGUUAAAACCAAGGGAGAUGCAGGUAGGGGAUUUGGUGCUUAUAAAGCGAACAUGA